AUGUCACCUCGACUGGCUACUCUUCAAGGAAGUGGCACCGAUCUAUCAAAUGCUUGCAACUUGAAGGAGCUUGUGCAGGCCGUACUUGACGCAGUCGACGCCCACAAAAGCAUGUAUAACACGAGAAUAUUACAUAGAGACGUGUCUUUGGGUCAUAUUCUCAUUGGCCUGAGCGCCUCCUCCCAACCACGGCGCGGUCUAUUGAUCGACUGGGAGUUGGCCAAGGAUAUGAGCUCUGACGGUCCAGAGGAGCAGCCAUCUUUCCCAGGGACGUUGAUGUUCAUGUCAAUCGCGCUCAACGAGCAACCUCUACAUCAACCUUGGCACGAUCUAGAGUCGAUGUUCCGGGUUCUUCUCUACUUCACUAUUCGCCAUGUCGAUGAAAAGCUCGACUCUUUCUUCGACUAUGAUAACCUUGCUGUUCUCAGCGGUCGCAAGAAGAAGUUGCUCCGAAUGUCCAUCACCGUCGAGAAAUGCUCGGGGUUCAGCGACCUACUGGAAACCAUAGAUCGGGAACCAGAGGUUGGCGUUUUCUUUCGCUCGAGUAGUAACCGGUAUAAGGUUCCGGAAUCGGACAUCAAGAACGCUCACCUGGCUGCCAAUAGCGAGAAGGACUUGGGGCCCAUUAUUCUCUGGCGAAAAGAGAGAAUAGCAGAGCUCAUCGCUCAGCAUCCCAAAUCCCGUCGUGUAAGCGAUUUGACAACAGUGCUGAGUCAGGCAGAAUUAUUCCUCCCAACUGUUCAUUUCUUGGAUCACGACUUCUUUCGGAUGCAUCUCUCAGAGGCCCUCGCCGCUGGAGAGGAAGCAGGGUGUACUGCUGCUAGUUUGGACCCAAACUCGAUUGUGUGGAUCAAGCCACUCGCUUUCAAUUCUCUGCGAAUAUUCGAGAAAGGAGAAACAAGAUAG